AAUAUGCACAACAAAUUACAAUCUAAUGUGAUAAGUCCUUUCAAAGAGGUAGAAGCAGCAAGCUUUUUCUGCACAGAGAAGGGGAGGCAGUACCACUCCUGAAUGAGCCAGGGCGCAGAGGAGGGAAGCCCAUUGUCUCAUCUCGUCUCUACAGCAGUGUUACAAGGUUCUCUGGUUGUGAAAAUAUAUGAAAUUAAUCAUGACAGCAACUCUCAUCUUCCUUCUGCUUGCACAAGUUUCUUGGGCCGGGCCGUUUCAACAGAGAGGCUUAUUUGACUUUAUGCUGGAAGAUGAGGCUUCUGGGCUAGAUUACGAAGAGGCACCUGUCCCACCUGAGUCAAAACCCAGAUUUCUGCCUGAAGAGUUUGACAUGUUGCUCCCAGAACCAGUGUGCCCCUUCCGCUGUCAAUGUCAUCUUCGGGUUGUCCAGUGUUCUGAUUUGGGUCUGGACAAAGUGCCCAAGGAUCUUCCGCAUGACACAACACUGCUGGACCUGCAAAAUAACAAGAUAACUGAGAUCAAGGAUGGGGACUUUAAAAACCUGAGGCACCUUCAUACACUGAUCCUUGUCAACAACAAAAUUAGCAAAAUCAGCCCUGCAGCAUUUAAACCUUUGAUGAAACUGGAGCGACUUUAUUUGUCCAAGAACAAGCUGCAGGAAUUGCCAGAAAAUAUGCCCAACUCUCUUCAAGAGCUGCGUAUCCACGAGAAUGAGAUCACUAAACUACGAAAAUCUGCGUUAAUUCCAUUGAACAAGACAAUUGUCAUAGAACUGGGCACCAACCCCCUGAAGAACUCAGGAAUUGAAAGCGGAGCCUUCAAAGACAUGAUCAAGCUCUCCUACCUACGUAUUGCUGAUACCAACAUAACUACUAUUCCUCAAGGUCUGCCCAAAACCCUUACUGAACUACAUCUUGAUGGAAAUAAAAUCACCAAAGUUGGUGCAUCUGACCUGAAAGGACUGAUUAAUUUGGCUAAACUGGGUCUGAGCUUCAACAGCAUCUCUGUUGUGGACAAUGGUACUCUGGCCAAUGUCCCUCAUCUGCGGGAACUUCACUUGGACAACAACAAACUUAUCAGAGUACCUGGUGGUCUGGCAGAUCAUAAAUACCUCCAGGUUAUCUACCUUCACAAUAACAGUAUAUCUUCAGUUGGAAGGUAUGACUUCUGCCCACCUCGGUACGACAUCAAAAAGGCUUCCUACACAGGUGUGAGUCUUUUCAGCAACCCUGUGCAGCGCUGGGAUAUCUCGCGAGAUGCCUUCAGAUGUGUCUACAUGCGCUCUGCCAUUCAGUUUGGAAACUACAAGUAACUCCCAAGAACACCCUCCUUUUUUAUAACCCAUCAAAAUCCUGUUAAUGUCAUUGCUAAAAUAAAAUAAAGAAUAAAAGCUAGAUGCUGGAAACCUAACCAUAAUGUGGAUAUUUUUCCCACAUGACUCCUGUAUAAAGUCAAAUAUGCAGUUCAAAUAAUUGCCUUCAAUAAAAUUUUGCCUGCCACAUUGAGAA